AUGAAAAAUCACGCACGCGACGGUGCCACCGCCCAAUGGGGACGCUCGGAGCAUGCACUAUCGACACCUGCCGUGACCAUACACGACGCCGUGCAGCUGCCUACAGACGACCCCAUGCACCCCUCCACUGCCACCACCGUCAUCACCCCGAAAGCUGCGCGAGACUGUCACAUUGGCUUCCACGCCGAGCAAAAUGACGGAUGCCAACCUCGGCCAGCCAGGCUAGUCGAUGCAGGCGACUCCCCAAUUGCCCCGAUUGCCCCUCCUAUCUCCCGACAACUCCCAGACGCACCCUCAUGCACCGUAGCAGUCAACGGCCAGCUGGCCCCGUCCAAGCCUCCUUGCAUCAUGCCGGCUUCUGAGUGCAUGAGCUCCUCCAGGACACAGAAGAAGGGACGAUGUAGCAGGGACUGCAUCGUGAUGUAA